CCAACACCUUAUUUCAAAACACACCGGAGAGAAACCUUACAUGUCUGGGGAAUGUGGGUACAGAACAACUAAUAAGGCUACCUUAUCCAUCCAUAUGAGAAUCCCACAGGGGAAAGACCGUACAAAUGUGACCAGUGCGACUAUACUGCAGCAUGGAAAACUGCUUUGAAGCAACACCGAGCAAAACACACCGGCGACAAACCCUUCGUGUGUGGGGAGUGUGGGUACAGGACGGCUUAUAACAUGACGUUGGCCAGGCACAUGAGAACCCAUACAGGAGAAAAACCCUACAAGUGUGACCAGUGUGACUAUUCUGCUGCACAGAAAUAUGAUUUGGAAAACCAUCGAAUAAUCCAUACUGGUGACAAACCCUACAUGUGUUCUGUUUGCGGAUUCAUGACUGCUCACAAGUCCAACUUAGCCAAACACAUGAGAACCCACACAGGUGAGAAACCCUACAAAUGUGACCACUGUGACUAUGCUGCUGCACUGAAAAGCGCAUUAAACCAGCAUCAAGCGAAACAUACUGGUGAUAAACGCUUCUUGUGCAACGAGUGUGGGUUUAGGACAACCAGAAAAUCACACUUAACCCGACACAUGAUGACGCAUACAGGAGAUAAACCAUACAAGUGUGACCAGUGUGACUAUUCUGCAGCACUGAAAAGUCACUUGGAUCAACAUCUUACAAAACACACGGGUGAGAAACCCAUCAUGUGUGAUAAAUGUGGGUACAGGACGGCUUAUCAAUCGGACUUUUCCCGACACAUGAGAACUCACACAGGAGAAAAUCCCUACAAGUGUGACCAGUGUGACUAUUCUGCAGUACAAAAACGCCAGUUGGACAAACAUUUAGCAAAACACACCGAUGAGAAACCCUAACUAUGUGGGGAGUGUGGAUACAGGACGGCUCAGAAGAUCUACUUAUCUAGACACAUAGGUGAAAAACCUUUCUAUUGUGACCAGUGUGAUUAUUCUGCUGCACAGAAAGAUUCUUUAGACAAACAUCUAGCAAAACACACUGGCAAGAAACCCUACAUGUGUGUGCCUUCAGGACACAAAGAAAGUCUGACUUAUCCCGACACACGAGAACACACACGGGAGAGAAACCUCACAAGUAUGAUCAGUGUGACUAUUCUGCAGCACGGAAAUCUGACUUACCACACCAAAAACACACACAGGUGAAAAACCCUACAAUUAAGUGUGACCAGUGUGACUAUUCUGCGGCCCAGUAAGACACAUUAGACAUGCAUCAUAGACAACACACUUUUAAGAAACCCUGAAUGUGCAUAUUACCAUUUACUACAUCCAAGAUACAGUUAUAUCCAAGUAGAAUAUAUGAGUGAAAACUUCCCCACUGAUGCUUUAAUGAUAAGCAUACCCUGCCAGAUGCUAGGUUUGUAUAUUUGUAACCUUCUGUUCAUGGCAACGUUUUGUAGCAUUCAAGAUAAAUGUACAUUUCAGUACAAACAGUCUCACUGGUGUUGGUAAUGAUAUGCAUGUGAGGUACUGUAAAUGCAGAAAUAUUUGCGGUGGAUUAAUGUUCGUGGUUUUCGCGGUUGACCACUUCACCGCAAACUUAAAUCCACCGCGAACAUUUUUCUAUUAUGGUAUUAGACUGCAGUCUAUGGUGUUACCGCGAACUUAAAUCCACCGCGAAAAGUCCCUUUUCCCGCUACCGCGAAAUGAAAUCCCCGCGAGCUUAAAUGCAUUUACAGUAUUUCGAAAGUAAAGUCUGUCCAACAUGUAAAACAAGCCAGAGCAAUGUUGGUAUUUACUCAUUUACUGUCUUGAUCACUGUCAUGGAAAACUUUAAAAGGGAAGUGGGACUAAUCUCCAAGCAGAUCCUACAAUGGCAUAAGAUAGUACCAGACUGGCCAAAGAGU